CUAAGCAUGAGGUCGAGAGGAACCGCUUGGAUGCUGGGACUGACAAGCGACAACUGCAACCCCGCCGUCAUGUCGUCCCCUCCGCUCCCUAGCCAAGCCAAACUCCCCGCCACCGGCAGCUCCGCCGCGUGCCUCCCCCGCCCGCGUGACCGUCACCUCCUAGUCCGCGGUUGGUCCGCCGGCGCCGGCGCCGGCGCUACGCCUCUCGUGGCCGCGUCCUCCUCCUCGGGCCCCGCCUGCUGCCAUCACUACUCCGUGGCUACCGCCCCCUCCCUGCGCGCCGCCUCCACCUCCUCAAGGCGCGGGGGCGGCGCUGGCCUCGACGCCCUCACCGUCACUGCUUCCGCGGUUGCAGUAUCUGUGUGCUUGAUAUUCUUUUCGGCGAUUCGCUCCAUGCUGGCAUGUAAGAGGGAUGCAGAGUUUCUCGAGAAGUACUUUGAUUCAGCAAGAGAGAAACUACCAGAAACUAUGGCUUCAGUGAGACUGGUUGGGAGGGAGAUAGGUGAUUUGGCUGCAGAUCUUAGUGAUCUAAGUCAAGAAUUAACAAAGGGUGUGAAAAAUUCUAUGAACAUUGUUCACACGGCCGAGGCACAACUUCGCCAGUCGCCACGUUCUACCCUGCCAGGACCCGCACGGAGAAUGUCUAAUCAGAAGAACGUGACAGAGGAGCCAUUGCUAGCUAGCACUGUACGAGAUCUGCGUCAGUUGAUUGCGGAUAUCCGGACAGGAUUUGGAGCAGCGGCUGGCAUCGCCGGUCUUUCCAUGUGGGCGUUGAAAUUUGGCUCAAAGGGCCGCAAGAAUCGCUCAUAGGGUACAAGAACGUUGAAGACGAGGAACUAGUUUUGACCUCGUUUUGCUGUUGCUCCAAGCAUGCAAUUUAACACAGCAUUGUACUGCGUAAUUCAAAAAAAAAAAAAAAAACGAUCCAUGUAGUUCUUUGAGACAUGUUAGGAGAUUGUUGUAUAGUUUCAAGUAAGGGCCUGUUUAGAUCCCUUUAAAAUUCUAAAAGUUUACAAGAUCUUUUAUUA